AUGGUGAAGGCGGGAAAGGAAUGCAAGGGAUUUACUCCUGAUGAUGAAGCGAAAUUCUCUACCCAUCCCCAGCCGGACCAGCAGGAGGAACUGCACAGACGCGCAGUUCUCAUCCAGGCCGCGUACAGGGGGUAUGGCGUGCCAGGUGUCAGCCGGAAGUCAUUAGAACUGCACGCCCCAUGCACAGAUGACGUUGGCGGCGCCCUCCGCAGUACCUGCCUGAGAGCGGUUCUCCGUCCCUCCUCCGUUGGUGAACCGCGGGUAGCUCACACGCUGCCGGUCGUGCACCCUUCUAGAAGACCGGGUCAUAGACAGAACGUCGUACGCAGUGGGUAG